GUUGAAUUACAUUUACAUUUAGACGGCGCUAUACGACAUCAAACUUUGCUUGAACUUUCUAUAGAAAAAAAGAUCGAUUUAAAAGGGGCUAAGACAGUUGAUGAAGUACGAGAUGUUGUUGUUACUCGUGAGCCAUCGAAUUUAUCCAAAAUGCUGGAACCAUUUGAUUUAUUUCUUCCUGUUCUUGCUGGUGAUAAGGAUGCUAUUGAACGAGUUGCAUAUGAAUUAUGUGAAGAUCAAGCGCAAAACGGUGUUGUAUAUUUCGAGGCACGAUAUUCACCACAUCUGUUAUGUAAUACAGUGAAAAAUACGGCUGCAAAUUCGAAAUAUGGAGUUUAUACAAAGAAAGGAAAACUGGAACCACGAGGUGUUGUGGAAGCGGUAAGACGAGGUCUGCAUUGUGGUGAAAAAGAAUUCGGUGUGAAAGCACGUUCAAUUUUAUGCUGCAUUCAUGGAUUUCAUGAUUGGAAUGAUGAAGUACUUGAACUCGCAACAAAUAUGUCAAAUGAAGGAGUUGUUGGCAUCGAUAUAGCAGGAUGUUCGUUGGGAGCUGAUGAGCAGUAUCCGCCAAGUGUAUCAAAACUUUUUCAGGAAGCAGCUAAACGAGAUAUCCAUCGUACCGUACAUGCCGGUGAAAGUAGCGGUCCAAAGGAAGUUACAAAUGCAAUCGAAGAAAUGCAUGCAGAAAGAAUCGGUCACGGAUAUCGAUUACUCCGUGAUGAAUGUGCAUACAAAAAAUAUGCAAUUGAAAAGCGAAUACAUUUUGAAGCAUGUCUUCAAUCAUCCGUUAUGACCGGUUCCGUACCAUUAUUAUGGUGUGAGCAUCCGGUUAAACGAUUUGCAGCUGACAAUAUUAACUUUUCGUUGAGCACCGAUGAUCCAACAUGUUUUAAUAACAGCUUGUUAAGUGAAUAUCAACUUGCACAUCAAGAAAUAGGCUUGACUAGAAAGCAACUUUGGGAAUGUAGUUUGAAUGCAGCUCGGUCAUGCUUUGCAGAAGAACCACUGAAAAGUGAAAUUAUCGCAAUAGUAGAAGGAGCUGAAGUGUGA